AUGCUUUCUACCCGCUUUGCCCGCCUCCUCGCUUGCACCGCCGUGGUCCCGCUCGCAAUGGCCGCAGAGCCCAUCGAGUUCAAUGUCGACUACGAACUUUGGGGUUUUGCGCCCGUCGAAUGCCAGGGCACGCCCGAGCAGACCGGCACGUUCAUCACGAGUCAUUGCUACGACCUAAGCGCCUACGCCGGAAAGUUCACGCUCGACGCUCCUCUUGAUGACUGCACCCUGCACUUCUGGAACCAGACCGGAUGUGUGGGCGGGGAGGGCACGCCGAUCGCGCUUGAUGGGGAUCAGCAGACGAACUGCGUGUCGCUUGCUCUCGAGCCCUCGAACGCUCCGGGCGAGGGAAACCCGCCGACUGAUCUUGCUCAGUCGGUCAAGGUCGAAUGCCCCAACAUCUCGAAGUGA